UUCCAUCUAUAUCUAUAUAUAAUAUAAUUGUAGCGAUUCACGAUGUCGCGACUGAACAGAGACUCUGAUUCAUGAACCAUCGUUACAUGGAUGGUUCUUCCCAAACAAUUUGAACCUUUUCCGUUGCUACCUCGACCAAUUUCACAAGGUGCUGUCGGUAAAACGGAGCAACCAAGAUAACGGUGCACAAAAAUUACUAUGGACCCAUCUAUAGUGAAGCUUCUUGAAGAUGAUGAGGAUGAAACCAUGCAUUCAGGAGCAGAUGUCGAAGCAUUUCAAGCUGCAUUAAAUAGAGACAUAGGAGGAGACGCUUCUUCUUCACAGCUGUCUGAUUCGGAUGCAGGAAGCAAUAACUCAUUCAGUCGGUCAUUACCAAAGCUGCCAACUUCUAGCCAUGACAACCAGACUGACUGUCAAAAUCAAGAUCCUAAAAUUGCAAAGCAGCAAGAGCAACCUUCAUCUGAAAUGGAGAUGAAGCAACAAGGACCUCUCAUGGAACAACAACAGAAUGUAAAUAAUCCUCUUUUAUCUCGUAAUCAAUCUCAAGAUGAAUGUCCCCAAGGCCAGACUGGACCAGUUUCCCAUCAAAAUUCUCAAAUUCAGAACUCUGAAAAAGAUACUGUCCGUAAGCAUGAGGCAGUCAAAACUGAUAAUACCAACAGUGAAUCUCAGUAUGCAAAGUUGCAGCAGAUGAGUAAUCAACAGGCCUCAGUCAAUGAACAGUCUAGUACCCAAACCAAUCGUGGUAAACAGGUGCCAUUUGGCCUAUUACUCCCUAUCUUGAUUCCCCAACUUCCCAAAGACAGAGCCUUGCAACUUCAUACUUUGUUUAAUAAAUUGAAGAAAGAUGAAAUACCCAAAGAUAAUUUUGUACGGCUCAUGAAAGGUAUUGUUGGGGAGCAGAUGCUUAGAUUAGCAUUAGCAAAAGUACAAUUACAGCUUAAAUCCAACCCAGGACCUCCUGGGCAGCAGCACCCAGUAAGGAUGCCAACUAUUAGUUCAGGUGCAGCAAAAUUUAAUGAUCCCCAUGCAUUAGCUCAGCAGCCUCAGCUGCAUCAGAGAAGUAUAAAUGCUGCUGCAGACCAAUCUCACAAUAAUUCCUCUGCUGUCCAAUUGAAAAAUGAAUCAGCCUAUCCAACUAUGGAUAUUAAUGCUAAGAAAUCUCCAGAGCUGGAUGUUCAAGUAGCACCUCAAGGUCUGAAACAAGGUCAGUUACCAUUGCCCAGUUCUAAUGCUGUUGGUCAAGAAACUGAAAGAUCCUCACUUCACAUACAUGGCCUUAGUAAGCAGCAACAACAGCAUCUACAUUUCCCAUCCGCAUAUGGAAGCAGUGGUGGUAAUUAUAACCCUUUUUCAGGGACAACCAGUAGUUCCUCAUCAUCUCUCAGACCACAACCUCAUGAUUCACACAUGAGGCAAAUUCCACCUCAGAGCAUUGGUCUAAAUCACGUAGGUGGGGCAACACAAGGUUCGUUUGGUACAGUAAAACUUGAGCGGCAGAACUCUUACAGUGAUCCUAAGAGAAUGCUAGGUGGAUCUGUGUCUCCUGCGGUAAACAAUACAGCAUCACAACAAAAUUUGAAUCCUUGGCAACAAUCAAACGAACAAAAUUCUGGCAUGUUGUCAUCUGCUUCAUAUGUCAAAAGGGAACCUAAUGACCUCUCUACUGAGCAGCAAUAUAGGCACCAUUUGUCUAAAUUGCACGGGUUUCCUUCUGUAAAUUCUGCUAAAACUGACCAGGGUAGUGGUGCCAAUCAAGGCACUGUAAAUGAUGACUUUUCAAGAGGUCCUCCGGCAUCCACAAGCAUGCCACAUACAACACCUGCUAGCUUGAUGCCACUCAAUUCUGCUUCCUCUUCUGUAGCUCAGCCAGGUCCGACUGUCUCUUUAAGCUCUCAGAUCCCUUCAAACACUUCUGGUAAGAAACCUUCUCAUGGUCAGAAAAAACCAGUCGAAGCAGUUGGUUCUUCACCUCCUCCUCCGAGCAAGAAGCAAAAAGUGUCUGGUGGAUCUUUGGACCAAAGCAUUGAACAGCUUAAUGAUGUUACAGCUGUUGGUGGGGUUGAUCUGAGGGAGGAGGAAGAACAGUUAUUUUCUGGGCCCAGGGAGGAUAGUCGAGUUUCAGAAGCAUCUCGAAGAGUUGUGCAAGAAGAAGAGGAAAGUCUGAUUUUGCAAAAAGCUCCGUUGCAGAAAAAAUUGACUAAGAUUAUGGCUGAGUGUGGCUUGAAGGGAAUGAGUAAUGAUGUGGAGAAAUGCUUGUCACUGUGUGUGGAGGAAAGAAUGCGUGGAUUAAUAAGUAACAUGAUUAGAAUGUCAAAACAGCGGGUUGACCUUGAAAAGAUGAGACACCGGACUGUUGUCACUUCUGAUGUUCGCCAGCAAAUCAUGGCAAUGAAUACAAAAGCAAGGGAAGAGUGGGAGAAAAAACAGGCAGAAACAGAGAAGCUCCGGAAAGUAACUGAUGUUGAAGGUCAUUCCGGAGUUGAUGGUGACAGGGAGAAGGAUGAGGGUCGCAACAAAUCAAUAAAGGUGAACAAGGAGGUGGAUGACAAAAUGAGGACAAAUGCGGCAAAUGUUGCUGCCCGAGCUGCUGUUGGGGGAGAUGAUGUGCUGUCGAAGUGGCAACAUAUGGCUGAGCUAGCCAAGCAGAAACGUGAAGGCGGUAUGGAUUCUUCAUCUGGUUCUCAGCCAGCUAAAGACUUGAGUCGCAAGUCUUCACCAUCAUCAUCAGGAAGGAGUACAAAAGAUAAUCAAGAAAGGGGGAAAAAAGGCCCAACUUCGACUCAGACUUCAGGGGCUGCUAGAAAAUUUGGGAGACAUAAUGCCUUAGCUCAUCCUAGGAUAGCUCGAAGCAUCUCUGUGAAGGAUGCGAUUGCAGUCCUGGAGAGGGAACCUCAGAUGUCGAAAUCAUCACUCUUAUAUCGAUUGUAUGAGAAAAUCCAUUCUGAUGCUUCAACUGAAUGAGACAGAAGGAGUAUAUGUUAGCAUUUAGUUUUUGGUCUGUGAGUAUUACUUUGUAACUAAAUAUGUAAAGGCAUUUUAACUGUUAAGUUACAAAUUUGAAUAGGACUCAUUGAGUCUAAAAAGCUCAAUUAAUUAUUUUGGGGUCCAAGAAAAAAAUCUCUAUUAAUCAAGACUCCAUAUUUUUUCAAA